AUGCCGCGAGCGACGCGCGCGCGUGCGGCGAAGGGCGCCCUGCGCGAGAAGACCGACGGCGAGACAAACGUGGUCUCCCCGUCGCCCGAUGCGAAAGCCGUUGGGGCGGUCAAGGCGGUCGCGGCGGCAGCGACGGACGCGGCUGAGGCUGUCGAAGAGGAGUGGUCCAUGGAGAGAGAGUUCCGGGAGAUUGACGAAGAAUUGGAUAAGCGAUGCGGGGAGAUCAUGAAGAACGCCGAGGACUUCGUGGUGAUGAUCCGCAAGCAACUCAAGAAGGAGAUCGUCAAGAUUCCCAAGAAGAUCCGAAGCAUGUCCCUGAAGGAAUUCUUCGAAAAGUACGGAGACGACCUCGGCGAGGAGAUGCUCACGGACGUCAAGGUCCGCCUCGGGCUCCUCCCGCCGGAUGCGGCAAGGUGCCUCGCGCCGCCGCCCGCCUCGCCCGCGAAGCCGGUUGGCGACGGCGAGACGAAUCCGGCGCCGAUGCCGCCCCCGCCGCCGAAAACCGCGCCCCCGCCGCCCGCCUCCACCGCGCCGAAGCCGCACGCGUCGAUGCCGCCCCCGCUCCCCGUGUUCAACGCCAAGGAUGCGGCGGGCGACGCGGCGGUGGCGGCGACUCCCGCGGGGAAGCGGGCCAAAACCGGCGGCCUCUCCGACGACGUCGGCGGUUCCUUCGCCGUGCCGAGCACUCCCAAGGGUGCGGGCGUCGCCGGAAUUACCCGUACCAACGCCGGGGGCCCGAAGAUCGCCGUCGCGCAGACCCCGGGCACGAAGCGACGGGUCAAGCGGGGGGAGAUGCUCUACUCCGCAAACGGGUCGCCGCUCGGAGCUGUGGACGGGGGAGCGUCCGAUGAAGAGUCCCCCGUCGUCGGCGCCGCGCCGCCGCCGUCGGCGGUGAAGAAGAUCACGAUGAGCGUCCGGAAGCGCGCGAGGGAGGAGGACGCGGCGCGAGGAGACGGGGGAACGGGAGGAAUGGGAGGAGGAGGCGAGGGCGUCGGCGGCGGGGAGGAUUUCGCCGGCUUGGUGAUUCAGACGGAUGACGGUUCGGAGAUUGACCUCGGCGCUCUCGACGCGGAUCCCGACAAGGAGGGCGCGGAGAAGGCGCUCGGGGUGCUCCAGAACCUGCAGGCGAACGUGGCGGCCAUGAUGGCCAAGCUGCAGGGCAAGCAGCAGCAGGAGUGAUGA